AUGCAGUUGAGAGAAGAGAUCCAAAGUCUUCGCAAAGAGUUGUCAUUUGAGAGACAAUUGAAUGAAAUAGACAAUCCAAGACAUGGAUCAGUUGGCGAUACAGACAUACAUCACACGACUCGAGACACAACUCUUUUACCUCAAAAGAAGUCAACAUUUUCUGCACAAAUGGAUACAAAUGAAGACAUCGUUAGACCCGAUGACGGAUCAGUCGACAGUAUUAACGGAUCAGAUAAUGAACAAAGAGAUGCAAAUGAGAGCUCUUAUGAAAUCGAUACCAAACCACUGAUUACUGAUCUCCUGAUGUCCGGACCCGACAGCAGAUGUAAUACUCUUUUCGGUCAACUCUUUAAGUCCAACGAAGAUCUCAGACCACACGUGCGGACACACGUGACCGACGAUCACAUCCAGACAUCGAUUACAAGAAAAUCUAAGUUUCGGUUCAAAUGUUUGGCCGAAGAAUGCGAUCACAGAUUCAUCGCAAAGAUAACACUCAUUGAACACAUGCUAAACAGUCAUCGAAUAGAAGACACGUAUGAAUGCAAUGAUUGCGAUGCCGUGUGUCUGACCACCGAUGAGAUCAUUAAACACCGACAUCGAGAGCAUGAGAUGAAGACAGUUGUGUCUACUCGCGAGUCUUGUGGCGAGAGUUUCGAUAGUAAUGGAUAUACAGCUCUUCGGCAACACAUUCAAGACAUUCCCACAACUAGUGGUCAACAAAGUCUUGGCGAAGAACUCUUGGACUUCGAUGGAUUCAAUAGAUCUGAUGGAGUGAUCGCCGGACAAAAUGUGACCACAAUUACCACUCAUGAGACGAGGAAUAGCGGACGUCGUAAGCGAAGAGCUAAUAGCGGCAAACCAUCGAAACAAUCAAAGCGUACGAAACAAUUAUACUGUGAUUACAACGGAUGUCACAGAGUGUUUGGCGACGCCAGAGAUCUCGAAAGGCAUCGCUUCACACACUCGGCGGACAAACCCUUCAAAUGCACAGUCAAUGGGUGUCUCUAUUCAUGUAUAACUAAAUACCAAUUGGAGAGACAUAUGAACAGACAUCUGGGUAUCAGACCCUAUGUGUGCACUCAUGAGGGCUGUGGUAAACGGUUUACUCGCAACGACGCCUUACAACAGCAUGUGGUCCGCGAAGGCCAUCGGCUUGUAUUAACGAGUGGAUUAAUGAGCAUGGUCAAAGUGAACAAGGUUGUGGUGCAAGUGUUGAGAGAAGAGAUCCAAAGUCUUCGUAAAGAGUUGUCAUUUGAGAAACAAUUGAAUGAAAUAGAUAAUCCAAGACAUGGAUCAGUUGGCGAUACAGACAUACAUCACACAAGUAUUACCCCAAUUGGUCGACCGCUAAAGAGGCCAACAGUCGAGACACUAACGCAGGACACGAGUGAAGACACGGAGAUAUCAGAUGCGGAACCAAUUGAUGACAGCAAUGAUGGCCAACACUUUGUAACCAAAUCUCGUGUGAGAGCUCACGUGACCGGCGGUCACACCAUAACAUCGACUGCGAGACAAGAGUCCGCUCUUAAACCUAAGAUUACUGUUAAGAGACCAGUGAUGAGAGGUUUUCAAUGCGAUUACGAGGGCUGUCGUAGAGUCUGUUCCAAUUCGUCGACUCUAAGGAUACACCGAUUAACGCAUUCGACAGACAAACCGCACAAAUGUCCGGUCAAUGACUGCCGCUAUCAAUGCAUACGUUUUCGUGAAUUGCGGAACCAUCUCAACAACAAACACAAUGGCCUUCAUCUCCAUCCGUGCCCUCACGAUAGUUGCGGUCAACUGUUUCUGACCGCCGAAGAACUCGCACAACACCACAUCGAUUGUCAUCUGCCCACUGAUGCCGUUCCCGAGCCGUUGGCCAAAGUGUUUGCGUGCGAUUUCAUUGGCUGCGAGCGAACCUUUUCGACACAACGCGACCAAACAUUUCACCAAUUGACACACGCGGGCGAUAACGGGGAACAACCACUUGGAUCCGUUGGCGAUACAGUCAUAGGUGAGUCGACUGUCACCCAAAUUGGUCGACAACUACCGAAGCCAAGAGGUCGACCGCCGAAGUGGUCAAUACCUUUGACACAAACUUACGGCACGAGUGAAGGCACAGAAAUAUCAGAUGCGAUACCAAUUGAUGACAGCAUUGGUGACAGAGAUUCAGACGAGGCGUCCAAUGAAAGUGAGACAAAGAGAUCACAUAAAACCAAAUGUCAAUACAAGUGUGCAGUCAAUACAUGCGAUAAAAGGUUUGAAACUCAGGAGGAAUACUUCAAACAUUUGGAUCAAAUUCACUGCACUUAUCGAUGUAAUGACUGUAAUCUCGGUUUUCUAACUCCACAUUAUGUCUCACUUCACCGGAAGACGUGUCCGAAGAAACCAUUGAUAACGACUCAAGACUUGAAUGUAGGCAUAGAGUCGUCGAAGACUUCACUGGCAAAGAGCGGUGAAAUUGUUUGCAGAUAUAAAGACUAUAAGUCGUGUCCGAAGUGUUCAAAGAGUUUUCAUACUGAGAGACAAUUGUCGGCACACAAAGAGUUGUGUCAAUACAUUGAGAAGAGUUUAGUCAAGACAUGCGAUAAAAGGUUUGCAACUCAGGAAGAAUACUACAAACAUUUGGAUCAAAUCCACUGCACAUAUCGAUGUAAUGACUGUAAACUCGGUUUUCUAACUCAACUGUUACUCACAAAACACGGGAAGUUGUGUCCGAAGAAACCAUCGCUUGGACUCAUUGUUCAACAGUCAGUGAUAACGACUCAAGACCUGAGUGUAGGCAUAGAGUCAUCCAAGACUUCACUGGCAAAGAGUGACGAAACUGUUUCCCGACUCAAACAUAAAGACAAUAAUUUGUGUCCGAAAUGUUCAAAGAGUUUGCAAAAUGAGAAACACAAGAAGUCGUGUCAAUACAUUCAGAAGUGUUCAAUCAAUACAUGUAACCAAUGGUUUAAAACUCCGGAAGAAUAUCACAAACAUUUGGAUGACAUUCAUCUUAGAUAUGGAUGUAAUAGUUUGCAAAAUGAGAAACACAAGAAGUCGUGUCAAUACAUUCAGAAGUGUUCAAUCAAUACAUGUAACCAAUGGUUUAAAACUCCGGAAGAAUAUCACAAACAUUUGGAUGACAUUCAUCUUAGAUAUGGAUGUAAUGUUUGUCGGAAGAGGUUUCUCACUCAAGAGAUGCUCGCAAAACAUCAAUCCAAUUGUCCGCCACCGCCGCCAACCAAUCAGUGCAGAACUUGCGGCCAACGGUUCGACACCACCGAUGAAUAUCACCGGCAUUUGAGUGAAACUCACUAUAAAUACAAGUGCGCCAAAUGUCCGCAACUCUUUGCCAAACCGGAACUGCUAUCAGAUCACGAGUGGAUCUGCGGUCGCGAACCGCCGUAUGUGUGCACUCAUGAGGGCUGUGGCAAAGAGUUUAGAGAUAAACAUGUUUUUGUAAAACAUAGACUCAGACACACGACUGACCGGCCGUUUGCGUGCGAUUACCAAAAUUGCGACAAACGGUUUAAAAGUGAACAACACGUAAGAGAGCACAAAAGAGUUGUCCACUUCAGACGUAAGCCACAGUUCCGUAACUUCCGGUGUCCGAAACAGGGCUGCGGCCGAGCCUUCUAUUGUGCCAGCGGUUUAUGGGGACACUUGAAUGGCGUGCACUCGACCCGCGAGUAUUGGUGCGAUUGGCCCGACUGUCAGUACCGGACACAUUCACAGUCACUGAUUGGUCAACACAGACGGAGACACAACCUGAAAAAGUGUCAGAAGAUUGCGUGCGAUUGGCCCGCGUGUGAGUACCGAACCUAUUCUCGACACCUACUUCGGGGUCAUCUGCGCUCUCACAGUACGGAUCGGCCGCACGCCUGUCAUUGGCCCGGAUGUGACCACAAGUCUAAGACUUCCACGGGUUUGGCCGCACAUCUGGUGUAUCAUUCGGGACCAGACAUAGCGUGUGAUGUGAAGGGCUGUCAUAAAUUAUUGAUCAAUGAUUUGGUGGAAGAGUUAAGAGAAGAGAUCCAAAGUCUUCGCAAAGAGUUAUCAUUUGAGAGACAAUUGAAUGAAAUAGAUAAUCCAAGACUCGGAUCAGUUGGCGAUAUAGACAUACGUGAGUCGACUGUCGCCCCAAUUGGUCAACAACUACCGAAGCCAAGAGGUCGACCGCCGAAGUGGUCAAUACCUUUGACACAAACUCACGGCACGAGUGAAGGCACAGAAAUAUCAGAAGCGGAACCAAUUGAUGACAGCAAUGAUGGCAGGGAUUCAGACAAUGAAAGCGACGCAAAGAGAUCACAUGAAAUGAAGGAUCAAUACAAGUGUUCAGUCCAUGCAUGCGAUCAAAGGUUUGCAACUCAGGAGGAAUACUACAAACAUAUGGAUCAAAUCCACUGCACAUAUCGGUGUAAAGACUGUAAUCUCGGUUUUCUAACUCAACUGUUAAUCUCAAAACACCGGAUAAAGUGUCCGAAGAGACCAUUGAUUACGACUCGAAACCCGAGUGUAGGCAUAGACUCAUCGAAGACAUCACUGGCAAAGAGUGGCGAAACUGUUUCCCGACUCAAACAUAAAGACAAUAAUUUGUGUCCGAAAUGUUCAAAGAGUUUGCAAAAUGAGAAACACAAGAAGACGUGUCAAUACAUUCAGAAGUGUUCAAUCAAUACAUGUGAUCAAUGGUUUAAAACUCUGGAAGAAUAUCACAAACAUUUGGAUGACAUUCAUCUUAGAUAUGGAUGUAAUGUCUGUCGGAAGAAGUUUCUCACUCGAGAGUUGCUCUCAAAACAUCAAACCAAUUGUCCGCCGACCAAAUCAACCAAGCAGUGCAUGACUUGCGGCCAACGGUUCCACACCACCGAUGAAUAUCACCGGCAUUUGAGUGAAACUCACUACAAAUACAAGUGCGCCAAAUGUCCGCAAAUCUUUGCCAAACCGGAACUGCUAUCCGAUCACGAGUGGGUCUGCGGUUGUAAACCGCCGUAUGUGUGCACUCAUGAGGGCUGUGGCAAAGAGUUUCGAGAUAAAUAUGAUUUUAUACAACAUAGACUCAAACACACGACUGUUCGGCCAUUUGCUUGCGAUUACCAAAAUUGCGACAAACGGUUUAAAAGUGAACAGCAUUUAAGGCAACACAAACGCAAUAUGCACUCCGGUGUCAGCCGUAAGCCACAGUUCCGAACCUUCCGGUGUCCGAAACAGGACUGCGGCCGAGCCUUCCAUUGGGCGAGUGCUUUGUGGGGACACAUGAAUGGCGUGCACUCGACCCGUGAGUAUCGGUGCGAUUGGCCCGACUGUCAGCACAGAACACAUUCACAGGAACUGAUGAAACGACACCGACUGAGACACAGCCAGAAGAAGUAUCAGAAGAUGACGUGCGAUUGGCCCGCGUGUGAGUACCGGACCUAUUCUCGAGGCCUACUUCGGUGUCAUAUGCGCUCUCAUAGUACGGAUCGGCCGCACGCCUGUCAUUGGCCCGGAUGUGAGCACAAGUUUAAGACCACAUCAGGUCUCAGAAAUCAUAUGGUGUUUCAUUCGGGACCAGACAUAGCGUGUGAUGUGAAGGGCUGUCAGUUUAGCACUAAAUAUAAACAGAAUUUAUAUACACAUAAAAAAACGUUAUUUAUGGCCAAAGAGUUCGUAAAAAUAAAAGUUGAGAGAAGAGAUCCAAAGUCUUCGCAAAGAGUUGUCAUUUGA